CUUUAACCCGUUCCAAUUCUGUCCGCCGUUCGUAUGCUCGCUCGCUCGUUCGCUCUAUAGAAAUCACAUAUAUAUGUAGUAUAAAACAGCAACAACUACUUACUACUACAACUACACCUAUAUAAUAUUAAAACGACGACAAUUCGCGGCAACAAGAAUCAUAAUAAUUGCAACAAUAACAUCAUCAUCAUCGACAACAGCAGCAGCAGCAACUAGAGCAACAACACCUGACUAGAGUCACAACAACGCGCAACAGCAGUCGGUCGUCGUCGUCUCUCAGUCGAGUUUGAGUUCUAGAGUUUUUUUUGAUUAUCAUCAUCAACAGAGUAGCCGCUUCGCCGCCGCCGCCGUCGCCGCUGUCGUCGCAGUCGUCGUCGCCACCGUCGCCGUCACCGUCACCGUCGCAGCACACAUCACAAACCAACCACCACACCACCACCACCACCACCAUCAUCAUCACCACCACCACCACCACUCUCUACUCUGCCACCAACGCAGCAAACCCCCAUAACACUAACAGCAGAAGCAGCAGCAGCAACAGCAGCAAGCAGUCGCAGCAGCAGCAGCAACAGCAGCAGCAGCAACAACAAUAACAGAAGCAGAAGCAGCAGCACACACACUCAGUGAGACACCGACGCACACACCGAUACACUCAUACGUUCGCUCACUCACGAAAAUUUCAAUAUCCAAAUCAAAGUUGAGUUCAAAUCGAAAACAGCCGCAAUACCAGCAACAACGUCUCGCAAAUAGCACGCGGAUAAUAAAAAACACACGCAGCAUAUUAAAUAGUCAAAAAAAAAAAAAUACAACACACAAAAAUCGCCAAGUAUAAAUACAACAAAUAUUAGCUGCAUUAUAAAAUACAAAUAUUUAAAAACAAAACAAAUCAUAAUAAUAAAACAAUUUAAUACAAGAAAAAUUGAUAAAAAUUACGAACAAAAAUCCGCAAGCUUUUUUAACACGGCUUUUUCCCUGUUUUUUUCGGUAAUCUCGAGUUUUCACCUUACGUGUGUGCUAAAAAAGAUCGACUCUUAACUUCGACUUCGUCUACAACUAAACUGAAAAUCAAAAGCUAUCAGUGUAUCGCAAUUUAUAGUUACUUCUGACACUUGACAACAAUCUAACAUCAACAACCAUCAACACCACCACAACAACAUCAACAACAACACAAGAUAGCCAUAAUUACAAGAUACUGAACAACAACAACAAAACGCAUUAACAACAUUUAAAGCAGCAAAAAAAAAGAAACAAUAAUUAAAAAAUCAAAACUAAAGACAAACAACCAACAACAACAAAAAAAUAAAAAUCAAAAAAAUCUUUUGAACACAAAUCAAACAUCAACGAAAAGGCAACAACAACUUUUUACCACAAAAAAAAAAAACCAAUAAAAAAAAAACAACCAUCACUUCAUCAUUUCAACGACUUUGACUCGACAUUUAAUUGUAAAACAACAACAACAACAACAAUCAGAACACAAAGCACUCUUUAAACUUGACUCUCCACCAAAAACCAAACCCCUGUGCAAUUCCCUCAACAAGAAAAUACCAAAAACACGCAAAUAUAUAUAUAUAUAUAUCAACAACCGCAAUCGCAACCGCAAUCGCAACAAUCUUCAAUUAUAAUACGCAAAAAGAAUAAGAGAUAAACGAAACGAAAAUCAAAAUACAAAGCAAAAACACACUCGCAAAAAAACAAAGUGCAGAAUCUAGAUAUUUUUCAAUCAACAUUUGUUGCCAAUAAAAUUGUCAUCAUUGCCGCGUUAACAGAAACCACGGCGUCAGCAGCGAUUGCAGCGCUCAGUAUCAGCAGCAGCAGCUCUCAAGCGUCGCUUGCCACCGCCACCAACGCCAACAGCAGCAACGCCGCAACGCCGACAAUCGCUGCCGCCGUUGCCAACAACGUCGCCGUCGCCAGUGCAGCAGCAACAGUCGCAGCUACAGCAGCAACUCCAUCGCCGCCGUUAACGGUAAAAAGCGAAAUCGUUGCAUCUGAUUCAACAGCCGAGUCCUCCCCUAUACAAGAUUUAAUUAUGCGCGGAAGCGACGAACUUUUGAGUCAAGCAGCAGUUAUGGCGCCCGCUUCCGACAAUAAUAAUCAGGAUCUGGCCACAAAGAAGGCCAAACUGGAUUCGAGCACCGUUUUGGCCGGCGGAAUUGCCAAGGCCUCAAAAGUCGUUCACUUGCGCAACAUUCCAAACGAAUCUGGGGAAUCGGACGUAGUUACACUGGGCAUACCAUUUGGACGCGUGACCAAUGUGCUCGUGCUGAAGGGCAAGAAUCAAGCAUUUAUCGAAAUGGCCGACGAGAUAUCCGCCACAUCGAUGGUAUCCUGUUACACAGUGAAUCCGCCACAGAUGCGCGGACGCAUGGUCUACGUGCAGUUCUCCAAUCAUCGCGAGCUCAAGACGGAUCAGAGUCACAAUCAGAACUCAUCGGUGGUUCAGAGUGACUAUCGCAUUCAAUCGCCAGCCGGUGGCUCACCCUUGCCACUCUGUGCUGUGGGCAAUGCGAGCACCAAUAAUGCCAACAACACCGCCGAUAAUAACUGCAGCACUGUGGCCAUACUGCAGAACAACACAAGUGCAGUGAAUGCAUCUUCGGCUGGCAACAAUACCAACGCUGCUGGCGGUCCAAAUACUGUGCUGCGUGUCAUUGUCGAGACGCUGAUGUAUCCGGUGUCGUUGGACAUUUUGCAUCAAAUAUUCCAGCGCUUCGGCAAGGUGCUCAAGAUAGUCACCUUCACCAAGAACAAUUCAUUCCAGGCUCUCAUUCAGUAUCCCGAUGCACACUCGGCACAGCAGGCCAAGUCUAUAUUGGAUGGCCAGAAUAUCUAUAAUGGCUGCUGCACCUUGCGCAUCGACAACAGCAAACUGACCGCCUUGAAUGUCAAGUACAACAAUGACAAGUCGCGCGACUUUACGAAUCCCGCGCUGCCACCGGGCGAACCUGGUGUCGAUCUCAUGCCCACCGCCGGCGGCCUAAUGAAUACCAAUGAUCUGCUUUUGAUUGCCGCCCGCCAGCGGCCCUCACUAACAGGUGAUAAAAUAGUCAACGGUCUAGGCGCACCUGGCGUACUGCCGCCCUUCGCUCUGGGCCUGGGCACACCACUGACCGGUGGCUACAGCAACGCCCUGCCCAAUCUAGCCGCCUUCUCGCUGGCCAACAGCGGUGCCCUCCAAACCGCCGCCCCCGCCAUGCGCGGCUACUCGAAUGUGUUGCUGGUUUCGAAUUUAAACGAGGAGAUGGUCACGCCUGAUGCUCUAUUUACCCUCUUUGGUGUAUACGGCGAUGUGCAACGUGUAAAGAUUUUGUACAACAAAAAGGACUCGGCACUCAUACAAAUGGCAGAGCCGCAGCAAGCUUAUUUGGCCAUGUCUCACCUUGAUAAAUUACGUUUAUGGGGCAAGCCAAUACGUGUCAUGGCCAGCAAACAUCAGGCCGUGCAACUGCCCAAGGAGGGACAGCCGGACGCGGGCCUGACACGUGACUACUCACAGAAUCCGUUGCAUCGUUUCAAAAAGCCCGGCAGCAAGAACUAUCAAAACAUCUACCCGCCAUCGGCGACACUGCAUUUAAGUAACAUUCCCUCAUCCUGCACUGAGGAUGACAUCAAAGAAGCCUUCACCUCCAACAACUUUGAAGUCAAAGCAUUCAAGUUUUUCCCUAAGGACCGCAAAAUGGCGCUGCUGCAGCUGUCGUCGGUGGAGGAAGCUGUGCUGGCGCUGAUCAAAAUGCACAACCAUCAGCUGUCGGAGUCCAAUCAUUUGCGUGUGAGCUUCUCCAAGUCGAACAUCUAGAAUCCGACCCGGGGUCAGGUUCACUGAACUUGACUGAGUGCCAACAGCAGCAGCUAUCCGCUACGGCAGCAGAUCUUUUGGCAGCAACAGAUACAAUCUAUAAUUCGUAGUACAAGCGGCGUGCAGGGCAAUCGCCACAACACCCACUUCAACUGACAACCAACAGCAACAACAACAGCAACAACAGCAGCAACAUUUAAAGCGGCAACCACAAGCAAAACUAGAACAACAAACAAACCCAACCAAUCCCAACCCAUCAACAAACAGCAGCAAAACAAUCGAUGCAAGAGCUAUAGCUAAUCUAAAUAAAAAUAUAUAUAUAUAUACACACAUAUAUACAACAUACAAAUUCUAAAACAAAGAAAAACAAAUACUGUUUUCCCAAUAUUGAUCGCAAACUCAAAACAAAACAAAACAAUUAAUUAUAGACUCCAACUUAUAUGAUGAAUACCAAUUCAAAUGUUUGCCACAAGUGUGCAGCAAGUAAAAAAAUACUAAAAACAGAUUUAAAUAAAGCAAAGCAAAAGAAAAGAGCCCAAUAAACAAUCAGCGACGUCGUAUAAUCAUAAGCUUAAAGUUAAUACUAUAUAUGUAGUCGAUAAGUCUAGUAAGUUGCAUUGAGAGAAACAAAAACAAAAGAAUACAAAAAAAAAACAAAACAACAAAAACAAAAACAAAAUUAGUUGUAAUUUGAGUGCACUGUACUGUGUUUUGGUUUUAAAAAACAUCAGCAGAGAGAAGUCAAAGCGAAACAAAAAAAAUCUUAAACUAAAAUUAUAAAAAAACGACAUUUAUGUUUAAACAAAAUGAUGAUGAAGUGCGCAAACAUUUUAUUAUGUAUGAGUAUUUACUGUUAUUAUAUUUUAAGUGAUUGCAGCACGAUUGAUUGAUAAUCCUGAUUUCUACAAGUGAAAAACAAAAAACAAAACACAAAAGAGUUCAACUUAAAAAGCAAACGCGCAAAUAAGAUGUUUUUAAACGUUUUAUUUUUUUUUAUUAAAUAUUAUUAUUAAUUUUGUUAGUGGUACGAUUAAUGUUAAAAGUAAAUCUCAAUAUUAGAUCGAAAACGUGCACACUAAUUCCUAAGUGUACUCGUAAUUGAAGAAGCCAAGCAAAAAGGCGCUGAAAAAAUGUAUUACAUUUAACAUAAAAUAAAAUCAAACUAUUGUCGGGCGUGUGAAGAGAAGAGAUCCCAUCAUAAAGUUAGUACGCCUAUUCGUUUAGCAUUAAAUCAGACACAAAACAAAAGUAACUCUUUUAAAGGCAGAUACAACAGAAAAAAAACAAAAACAAAAAAAAACAUAAACAAAUUGAAAGUAAAACGUACGUAAAAUCUUCUGUGUGUGUGUAUAUGUAAAUGUUGUUAAAUUAGAAAAAUAUUAUUAUAUAUACACAAAAUGAAAACAAAAAUAUAUACUGUAUAAUGGAUAUACAUAUGCAUACAAAAAAGGAAAAGAAAAAACAUAAAUAUUUAUAGUAAGUAUAUAUAUAUAUAUGAAUAUAUAUUGAACUACAACAAAAACAUGAAACAGGAAAUAAAACAAAUUUUAAGAUACGAAAGUAAAAUCUCAAAAGAAUCGUAAUUAUAUCUAGGCCUAAGCAUACCAAUAUGAAAGACAUAUAAGUGUUUUUAGCAAAAACGAAAACAAAAACAUACAAAAAAAAAGAACAAAAAGCAAAAAAGAAAAAACUCAAUGA